AAUAGCAGCAAAGAGGUAUGCUGCCAGGAGCAUGUGAUGCUUGAAGGGGGGCGUGGCCCCUCAGGUAAUCUUUCUAGGUAAGCGCAGUGACUCACUCUCAAACACACCUUAAACCCCACGCAUGGAGGACGAGCUCGUCGCCGCCUCGACAAGACUGAAUUGAAUGCGAGGAUUUGGACUCCGAUACCGCCACAACAAUGCCUGUGGUCAAAGAAGAGAAAGACUCGUCCUCUGCGGCGGAGGGCGCGCUGCAAACGGAUGAGCAGCCCAAAGGUCGGAGGAGGAAAAGACCCCUGCAGCGCGGGAAGCCCCCUUACAGCUACAUCGCACUCAUCUCCAUGGCCAUAGCCAACUCCCCGGACCGCAAGCUGACAUUGGGCGGCAUCUACAAGUUCAUCACAGAGCGCUUCCCCUUCUACAGAGACAACUCCAGGAAAUGGCAGAACUCCAUCCGCCACAAUUUGACUCUCAACGACUGCUUCAUCAAGAUACCUCGAGAGCCGGGGCGCCCGGGGAAGGGCAACUACUGGGCCUUGGACCCCAACGCCGAGGACAUGUUUGAAAGCGGAAGUUUCCUGAGGCGCAGGAAGAGGUUCAAGCGAUGUGACCUGAGCACCUACACGUCGUACGUGCACGAGAGCCCCGUGUUCACGCCGGUCCAGAUUGCCAGAUCGGCGCCGUAUUCCAACUCGGUUUACCCCAACAUGACCGUGAGUCCGUCAUACGGGCAGCAGCUCACGUCCAGCUACUACCCGGCUUCAUCGCCGCCCGGCUUUGGACCCGGUCAGACUCGGAUGUUCAGCAUCAACAACCUAAUCGGACAAGGAGGCCCGGAGGUGAUGCAGCAACCCGGCCGGAGCUUCACGCCAGAGGGGCACCCGAGCGGAUCCAGCCCCUGCAGCCUGGGACCGCCGGGUUUUCAAAGCCAACCUUGCGGAGGCUCAGCGCCUCCCCGGUCCAACGCACACCCCGGGUUUGCAUACUCUGGGCACCCCAGCGUCCACCAACACCACCACGCGCCCCAGGGACCUUACGGACAAGCCCACAACGGCAUGUACGGCGCCGCAGGACGCCUGCCCUCUUCAGAGACGGCGGACCACUACGGGAGGGUUUCGCCCGUGCAGCUGGGCUCUUUCUCCCAGUACAACAGCACUGGGGCUCCUAUCGCCAACGCAGGGGGUUACCUGCGACAUCCCCCCUACCCUGGGAACAUGGACAGGUUCGUGUCUGCUAUAUGAUAGCCAUAAUAAGACACUUGAGACUAACGCACACAAUUACUGUAUGUAAUAUAUUUUUAUCUAUUGUUGUUUUGGGGAAUUUGGGCUUUUAAAGUCCUCUGAAAGUGUACUUUUGUUUUUUCCUUGAAUUGAUUUCAUGACUUUCUAUAAGUUAUUGGGCUAAACGGCUUUACAUGGAGUGUCUUGUAUGAAGAAAGUCUGCUUAAGGACAACGCAUGUGUGGUGUUUGGAAAUAAAUAACUGAACAGCA